AUGCCGCCACUCGCAGGCGUCGCCGGAGCGCGGGGCUGGCCACCCCUGCCGCUGCGCAACGGACUGCCGCCGACACUCCACCGCGGCAGCAGCCGGCAACUCGUGCUGCGCCGCCACUGGAACUGGAUGCCGAUGUUCCACGGCAGUCGCCUUCUACGGAGCGGUCGCAACGAGCCGCCCCCGCAGCGGAGACCGCCCCAGCGGUCUCCGCCGCCCCCUCGGCUCCCGACGCAGCUGAGUGGCCGAGCGUUCAUUCUUACGAACAAGCUCGCUCACGAGAGCUCCUACCUUGGCCGAGAAGAUAAUGAAGCGGCCAUACUCGCCUUCUGUACCAUUUUGAAGGCUGCUGCACUACCGCACAAGAGACAGCAAGAGUCGCGUGUGCCACCGAGAGCCUCGCCGGCCGCACUGCAAGAGAUUGCUGCCCCGGCGGUGGCGGCCUCGGCGGGUGUUGCGCCGCUGGACUCGACCACUCGAGAGGUCGAUGUGGCCCAGGUUGCCCCUCUGGCCCCAGAGACACAGGAAGAGCCGGCGGCUGCGCUAGUUGAUGCCCCGUCCUGCGCUAGGAGAAACCCGGCGGUCUGGACGGGGGCACAGUCUGCUGCAGAUACCACCGAGGUGGACGCCAUCGAACUGCCGGACGGAAAUCUUGCUGAGGCUUUUUCCGGGGCAUCGACCCUGACGAUGCCCGCUCGCCCAGAAAGCGCCGGGCUGCCGCGGAAGAAGGCGUCUAGGGCCUCCCGCGCCUCCACCACAGAGGCUGUGAAGACGGUCGCGGGCUCCUCCCGGAGCACCGCCGAGCCGAGACCGACAACGAAGACGCAGCCACCCCCUCGCUCGCCUGCUGCCUCCCGGCAGCCUGAUGCGGACGGCUCUGUUGCCCCACCCAGGCGGGGCACCGCCAGGGCUGAUGCGCUGCAGCAAACGCAGCCGCUGCCGACCGCCAACGCAUUUACAGGCGCCAGUGUAGACGUCGUCCCAUUGGACGGCGACGCGCCUCUGCCGCCGCCCCAGAACGAGCCGCCGCCCCCUCCGCUUAUCGUCGUCCAAUGGGACGGCGUCUACAAGGAUUUCCAGCAAAAAUUUGACAGGGUGGUUACGUCCUCUUCAAGGUCACAGUGA